UCAAAGGGAACAGUCGGGAUUAUGUACUAUACAAUCAUCCACAUCAGAAGAACUUGGAGCCUUCGUGAGCAGCUUGCCGCCACCCUAGAGCGUGCUGAGAAGGCCGGGCCAUCAAGGCGCAGACUCACGAUGUUUUUGGGCUUUUCAGCAGACUACUACUCAAGCCAAGUCUCAAGAUGACAACUGAGCUGCUACCAGGCUCCCUGCCUGUUCCAAGGCCAAAACAACUUGAGAAUCCAUCAGGCAGCUGGGCAGCGUCAUUCCAUAUCCCCACCCAAGCAAGAAUGCUCAGACACUCACGACGAUCGCAGAGCGAAUCGAUAGGGUUGAAUUUCCGAAGAGGAUGCAAUCAAGUUUUAGUUUGGGGGAAAGACUCACAAAUAAAAACAGGUUCUCGAAAUUGCCAACGAGAGCACACCUUCUCCGAAAUGUCUUGCUGCAUCAAUUUUCCCAAGUUGACAUCUCAUGGAAUGACGGGAAAGAAGGAGAGAAGGUUGUGGGGGAAGCGAAUACCGAACGGGGCAAAUGUGUUCUUCGAAUUUCGAAUUCCGAUAAGGAUUGGUCUGUGCGCACCCAGGAACGAGUUAAGCAAAGUACUUAGAUCCCACCGUGCAGCAGUGCCACGGAAAAGGAUGCACGUCCAAAGAGACGUUCGCUGCUUAACGAUGAAUUUGUGGGGUCAUCCGUUUGAAGCGUGGGAAACCUUCAAGUGGGAGAGUUGCGUUUUGAAGUGAGGGAUAGGAUAGGAUGAGAAGAGAAAUAAUUUACAGUAUUAGAUCCGCCUAUCUGUUCGCA